CUUAAUUUAACACUCAUUGACUUUUGUUAGAGAAAGAUGAGCGCACCUGGUUCCUCUAGAUCCCUUCCGUUCAAAUCGAAGAAACGUCUCUUCGAUUCUCCAUCCUCAAAACCGCAAACCGGAAACCCCGAUUCGUCUCCUUCUCUACCUUUCCCCACGCCGGAGAAGCCUCCGGAGCGUACCCGCACACGAUCCAGUAACCGAUCUGUUGCCCUUCAAGGUCUCCCCCAGGCCGCUGGAUCUCAUCGCAGAUCUGAAGAUCCGAUUGGUAACGUUUCGUCCGCCAGGAGUCAGCUCGUGUUCUCACCGUCUUCUUCCUCCUCCUCCAAACGAGUAUCCACUAACAAGAUCGACGAGAAUGAGAAGCUACCGGAGAAGUACGAAACUCUGGGGAAGUUCUUCGAUGCGUUAGACAGUUCGAUCGUGCUAUCGAAACUACGAGGCUCUAAGCCGACUUUCUCCAACGUUUCCGGGAAAAUCGAGCAUUUGACGGAAAGGAGGUUUUGUUACAGUCACUUGGCUCAAAUCAAGCAUAUAUUCCCAGAGGCAAUCGAGAUCAAGAGACUGUUGAUACAAGACGAAACAACUUGCUGCAUGAAACCAGACCUUCAUGUUACACUCAACCCCGAUGCAGUUGAAGACAAUAAUGAUAAUAAAAGCAAGAAGAUCUCACUCCGGAAAGCGUUCAGGACAAGACUGGCAGACUUUGUCAAAGCUCAUCCUCAUGGUGAUGAAGUUCCCGAGGAACCGCUUCCAGAGCUUUUCAGUAGAAGGAAACUAAAUGAGAAGGCCAAGAGUGUUGGUUCAGUCAUGGAAGAGAUGGCUUCUAUUCCUGCAGCUAAAUUGAUCUCAUCUUUCAUGAGAUUCCCAUCAACACCUGUCGAAGCAGCUCCAAGCUCUGCGAGCAUUGCACCAACUGCAAGUCCUGCUUUGUCUAAGAUUAACUUGGCCUCAACCCCAGUGAAAGCUGUGUCAACUACUCCGGCUAGUGUACUUUCAACGCCGGCUAAGAUUGACUCGGCGCCGGUUAUUUUUGCUUCGACCCCACCUGAGUUUGCUUCGACUCCUGUCCGGCUGUUCAGUGCAUCGCUUGCUGCAGCUCGUGUUCGGAAAAGAAGUAGCGAUGAUACAGAUCUAGAUGAUGUUACUACUGAUCAACCAUUUAAGCUCGCAAGGCGUUCCUCACUGAGCUCAUCAAGGUCGCUGAACUUUGAUUCUUAUGUAGAGGAUGUGACUGAUGUUGAUGAAGAAGACAUUGAUCAAGUAGUGGUGGAAGAUGAACCCAGCGAUGAUGAAAUUCUCAGUAUACUUCCUGAUAAUCUUCGAGAGGCGAUUAAAGAACAAGAGAGGAAAGCUAUUGAAGAUUCAAAUCCAGCAAUCUCAGAGGCAAAGAGAAGGCGGAAGAUGAUGGCUUGUCUGCCUAAACUUUUCAACGUUAUCCAUUACUUGAUCCAAUCAAUAAGGCGUUGGGUGAUCACGAAAGAAGAGCUUGUGCACAAGAUAAUCGCCGGUCAUUCUGAUAUCAUCGACAGAAGAGAGGUAGAAGAGCAGCUUAUGUUAAUGCAAGAGCUAGUCCCGGAAUGGAUCUCUGAGAAAAGAUCAUCAUGUGGAGAUCAACUAGUAUGCAUAAACAAAUUGGCAUCUCCUGAAACUAUCCGGUCGAGUCUAGAAGAAGAAAACAAGAAAGCUAUGGCUACACCACUUUCUUAAAAGUGUGGUUUCAUUGACUGCGUUUUGGCGACAUGAGAAGGCGUGUAGAGAUUUAGGUAGAUUAUGAUUAUUUUUUUUGACUAGGACCUGCCGGUUAGAUUAUGAAAAUUUUAGUGUGGAAAUGUAGUUAAUUAGUAAAUAAAUAAAUUACUUUUAUUUUCUCUAAA